GGAGCGCAGGACAAAGACAAUUCUGGUGCCACAGUCCUGCAUCUGGCUGCCCGCUUUGGCCACCCUGAGGUGGUGAACUGGCUGCUGUGUCACGGCGGUGGGGACCCCACCGUGGCCACAGACACAGGCGCCCUACCUGUUCACUACGCCGCCGCCAAAGGAGACUUCCCCUCCCUGAGGCUUCUCAUCGGGCACCACCCUGAGGGAGUGAAUGCCCAAACCAAGAACGGUGCCACGCCCCUGUACCUGGCGUGCCAGGAGGGCCACCUGGAGGUGACGCAGUACCUGGUGAAGGAGUGCGGCGCAGACCCGCACCUGAGCGCCCACGACGGCAUGACCCCGCUGCACGCUGCUGCGCAGAUGGGCCACAGCCCGGUAAUCGUGUGGCUGGUGAGCUCGGGGACAGGUCGGGGCGGGGCCCGGAAGGAGCGGGGCCGCGCGGCUCUGGCCCCGGGUCCCGGCUUGCUGCCCAGGGUCCUCACUGCGUGCCCCUCCCUACAGUGCUGCCAGAUCCUGGUAGUUAACGGCGCGGAGCUGGACGUCCGCGACCGCGACGGGUACACGGCCGCCGACCUCUCGGACUACAACGGCCACAGCCACUGCACCCGCUACCUGCGCACCGUGGAGAACAUGAGCGUGGAGUACCGCGUGCUGUCCCGGGAUCCAUCCGCUGACCUGGAGACCAAGCAGCCUGACUCAGGCAUGUCCUCGCCCAAUACCACCAUGUCAGUCCAGCCGCCUAACUUUGACCUCAGCUCGCCCACCAGCACCCUCUCCAACUAUGACUCCUGCUCCUCCAGCCACUCCAGCAUCAAGGGCCGGCGCCCUCAACGUGGGCUUCCCAGCGCAAGAGCUGCAGAGAUACAGAGCUACGUGGACAUGCUGAGCACAGAGCCGGGCCUGCCCCAGGGCAAGAUGGAGGGACCCAAAGCACUUCCACCGGCACCCAGCUUCCCUCCGCCUCCCCCACCCCCAGGCACCCAACUGCCCCCCCCGCCGGGCUACCCUGCUCCCAAGCCCCCUGUGGGGCUACCCGCAGCUGACAUCUACAUGCAGACUAAGAACAAACUCCGCCACGUGGAGACCGAAGCCUUCAAGAAGGAGCUGAGCUCCCGCGACGGCCGCAACGGGCUGCGGAGGCAGGACUCCAGCCGCAAGCCCCGCGCCUUCAGCAAGCAGCCCAGCACGGGGGACUACUACCGCCAGCUGGGCCGCUGCCCCUGUUUUGGAGCUGGGCAGUCAGUACGCUGGGCGGAGACAUUCACUAGAGUCCCCAGGGACGGCCCAAAAGCCAUCAUGAACUUCCAGGGGCCUCCAGGCGGCGGCCCCACGCCCUGCACCAAGUCUUUCAACAUGAUGUCCCCAACGGGUGACAACUCGGAGCUGCUGGCUGAGAUUAAGGCAGGCAAGAGUCUGAAGCCGACGCCGCAGAGCAAAGGUCUGACCACGGUGUUCUCAGGCAGUGGGCAGCUGGCCUCCCAGCCCGAUUCGCCGCUGCCACCGGCGUCGCCUGUGCCAUCACGGGCCCGGAUCAUCCCCACUCACGACGAGCAGGGCCGGCCCAUCCCCGAGUGGAAGCGCCAGGUGAUGGUGCGCAAGCUGCAGCUGAAGAUGCAGGAGGAAGAGGAGCAGAGGCGGAAGGAGGAGGAGGAGGAGGCCUGGCUGGCCAGCAUGCCUGCCUGGAGGCGGGACAUCCUGCGGAAGAAGCUGGAAGAGGAGAGGGAGCAGAAGCGGAAAGAGGAGGAGCAAAAGAAGCAGGAGGAGAUGCAGCGGGAGAAAGAGCAGUCGGAGAAGCUGCGAACGCUCGGCUACGACGAGAGCAAGCUGGCGCCCUGGCAGCGACAGAUCAUCCUGAAGAAGGGGGACAUCGCUAAGUACUAGAUGCCGUCCUUCUGCUCGCAGCCUCGCGAGCUUCGGGGGUCCCCAGCCCCCGCCCUGGCCUACCCGGCCCGGGCGGAGGGGCUGGGAGCCGCGCCGCCCUUCCCUCCCGCGCUGGAACCCUUCUUGACCCUUUUUCCCUGGAUCCCCGCAUCCCUAGCCCCGGCGAGCUGGAGCGCGCCCGCCGCCGCAGUCGCCCAGAAAAAGUGUCCGAGCUGUUGACGCAAAAACAUGCUGCUUAUUUGCAUGCCUACUUACAUACAUUUGCAUGCUCGUUGAAUGUCAAAGUGUGCAGAGCUCUCCCCGGCCCCGUGGGUGGUGACUUUUCCUGCCGAGCGCGCGCCGGGCUGCCGCCCCCUCCCUCGCACCCCGGAACCCGCGUCGCUGGCGCAUCCUGCAUCCUGGGCGGAGGCAGGCCCCGCGCUCCGGGAAGGGGUUUUCCUCCCUCUCUGACCCAGAUUUGCGCCCGGCCCAGACCCGGCCGCGUUUCCCAUCCCCGCCGAGGAUUUCCUUUCAGUCAUUUGUUUACCAGAACGAUGAAAACUGCAAACUGCCCGUGAGGACGGAGUUGCGGCUCUGGGCGCCCCACCUCUGCCCCCACCCACCUCCAGUUAAGUCUGCGCGCCUGUCCCCAGCCAGGCCCCGCACUCCCCCGACCCUUUCACUGCCCUGGUGGAGUGAGUGGAGGAUGAAGGACCCUGAACCUGUCUCCAACCGCUGCCUCCUUGGUCCCCGCGCCCCUGCCAUCUCACACCCCUAUUAAAGCUCUCUCAGCCGCC